AUGGUGAGAACCAUCAUCAGUCGCGCUGAGCGGGAAAGCGCCGCAGAUGUCGAAGACGCACGGCAGUUCUUGGGCAAGCUCCAGAAGGAGGAUUUGUGGGUGAGAUUCCAACUGGACGAGGACAGGCGCGUGACGCACAUUGCUUGGGCGCUCGACGAGCAAAAGCGCAACGCGCUGCGGUACUCCCGCAUCAUCAUCCAGGACAACACCUUCAACACGAACGAGCGAGUAUACAAGUACCACUUGGCACUAAUCGUCGUCGUCGACAAAGAGAACUACACCCAGAUCGCGAUGCAGGCCCUACUUGCGAACGAGCGGACUGAGGACUACAAGUUUCUCUUCCGGGUUUUCAGGGAACUAUGCCAGGGGAUGCAGCCAGAGGUGAUGUUCACUGACGCUGACCAGGCAGCAAUGACGGCAAUCGAUGAAGAGUGCCCGGCAUCGCACCAGAAGCUGUGCCUGUUCCACAUGGAUGAGAACCUCAUGAAGCACGGCGAAGGCCUUGAGCAGGGCGUCCUGGCGGGGAAGCUGUGCCUGUUCCACAUGGAUGAGAACCUCACGAAGCACGGCAAAGGCCUUGAGCAGGGCGUCCUGGCGGGGGUGAAGGGGAUUUUCCACGCAGCAGCACGGUGCAUGGUUGAAACUGAUGUUCCUGAAGCCAAAGCGAAUCUAUUGAAGCAGCUUAAACCGGACAGUCACAUGUACAAGUACAUGGCUGACUUCGUUUUCGAACCAAGGCGGGUACAGCGGUGGGCUUCGUUUGUGCACCCUGGACUCCACACGCUCAACAUUACCUCCACGCAGCGAGUGCAAUCGACCAACGGUGCCUUGAAGACGACGAUGCACAGAUCGGGGAGUAUGGUUGACGUGCAUGACACCAUCGUCGGCAAGCUGCGGGCGUUCCCGGAGAUAUGCCGCCCGCUCAUGGAUCCCGGCGUUUUCUCCCACUCGAAGCCCACGGCGAGAGCAAGCAAUUGGGCCAGCUGCGUCGCCUUCGGGAAGGAGCUCGCAUCUCUCAUGACAGACGUGGACGCCAUCGCCCCCUGCCAACGCGUCCUCAACAACCUCACCAACUACGCCAAGCAGCUCAUCGAGGUGGAGGCGACGUCGCAGCAUGAGGCCACCACGAACCGGAUUUUCACGGGAGUCGUGGCCCGGCCUGUGACCGCUACCGACCCGCCAGAGGGAGGGCCGGUGGGGGCCGGGCCGGGAGGAGGCCGCGGACGAGGGAACGGGCGAGGGCGAGGCCGGGGUGGGGCAGGCGAAGGUGGCGGGAGAGGGUCAAGAGCAAGACGUGGAAGGGGAGGGGAGGGUCUUGGUGUUUCCGCGGCGAGCACGCCGAGCCUUGCCGUGGGUGGCCCGGCGUUGCCACAGGCGGACGGCCCCGGCAGCACGGGCGGGGGCGGGGAGGGGGGAGGGUCGGGUCUUGGUGUUUCCGCGGCCGGCACGACGAGCCUUGCCGAGAAUUUUCCGUCUCACAGGGCUGGUGUCGCCGGCGCCGCUAUGCAUUCUUUCCCGACACCCACGAACGCGACACGCCCGGUCGGGGGCUCGGGCGCACCGCUUCGGUCCUUGAGCAACUCUCCUCAUGACGGGGUGGGGCAGACUUCGCCCGGUGUCACGUCCUCGGCGUCGUUGGCUUUCGACGCGACAAACUCCUGCGCGCCGGAGAGUUUCCAGCAAUCAAGACUAAACGGAGAAAGACUUCGUGCCCACGAAAACCACGGGCAGCCUCUGCCUUCGACGCCCCACAAUGUUGCUUUCUUGGACGAGGUGCGCUCUCCCCCGAAAAGGAAGCAAACAGGACCGACAAAAAGGCGCAAGCGCAAGUCGUCGGCCCAGAGAAAUAACCGUGGUGGAGGACAGCAUGUCAUUCAGGGUGGUGCCAAAGCGGCUUGGGGGAUUUAGGAAUAGCGUCGGCUUUUGUCUUUUCGCCUGCGUUGAAUGUUCUUUUUGUCAUGGCGUAGGAAAGGAUGAUGCAUGUCCCGGAAGUGUUUUCGUUCGGUAUUUUUGACUUGCUUGGGGUCCACGGCUAUGAUUUCUCGGGGCGGGGGGGCUUUUCUUGCCAACCCACAACGUGUGCGCCAACCAGCUGUUUAGAAGUCAAGGAUCUAGAGAGAGAGCUAGCGUGGAUAUGGCGGGGCAAGGCGUAGAAGUCGCGCGCACGCAAACCGCACUUGCUUGAGACUUGGUGAGCGUACCAUGGUCGUGUUCAGGCGUGGUCGUGGAGGGCAACGAGCGGAAUUUAAUGGAGUUGAAGGUGGGGAAACUUUGUGGUUUGUGAUCCCCCGCUGUAACCCCAAUGUGAUGGUU